GAAUAUAAACUAUUAUCAAAACAAAUUUUUCCCUAAAAUAUUUUAUAAUCUACCAAUUUUCAUCUAUUUUCAAAGGAUUUUUUUGAAAAUUUGACCAUGGCUGCGUACGAUAACGAAGUACAAAAGCAAAUAAAACACAUGAUGGCAUUUAUAGAGCAAGAGGCGAAAGAGAAGGCAGAGGAGAUAGAUGCAAAAGCAGAAGAAGAAUUCAAUAUAGAGAAAGGCAGACUGGUACAACAAGAACGACUUAAAAUAAAAACGUAUUAUGAAAAGAAAGAAAAACAAGUUGCAUUACAGAAGAAAAUUCAGAGAUCAAACACACUUAAUCAAUCAAGGCUAAAAAUUUUGAAAGCUAAAGAUGACCAUAUUAAGCAAAUUUUGGAAGAUGCUUGUGAAAAGUUGGCUGAUGUAACAAAAGAUUCAGAGAAAUAUUCAAGCAUUUUACUUGGCCUCAUUACCCAGGGUUUAUUCCAGCUGCUUGAGUCAGAGGUGACAAUAAGAUGCAGAAAGGAAGACUUAGAUUUAGUUAAGAAAGUAAAAGAUGAGGCAUGUUCCAGAUUCAAGGAUGCUACAAAGAAAGAUGUUAAAAUAGAUGUUGAUGAAAAUAAUUUUCUCAGCUCCAACAGUUCUGGGGGAGUGGAUUUUGUGUGUCAACAGUCAACAAUCCACGUUCAAAAUACUCUGGAGAGCAGGCUUAAUUUAUUAAGCAGCCAGAUGCUGCCUGAAAUCCGAGAGCGUCUGUUUGGCAAGAAUCCAUCGCGAAAAUUCACCGAUUAAAAUAACGUGUCUUCCAGAAUACAGAACAAUCUCAAUAUGUUAUGGGAUAAUUAAAACACAAAUUAUAUAAACAUUGUAAUAAAGUUGCUUGCCAUCACCCGAAAAUGAAAUAUUUAAAUGAUUGUGCUGGAAAUAAUCGAAAGUUCAUUUGUUUCUU